AUUCUGAAUUGAGUUCAGGACUUCCAGAAGACAGCUACUCUUCAGGAGGUGAAGCCCUGGAGGGUGAUGAUGAAGAUGACACGGCAGCCCUUGGCAGUGUGGUUGAAGAAGCAACAAGCUCCAAAGCUGGCCCAAGUGCAGGCUGGGCAGAUGCCAUGGCAAAAGUGCUCAACAAAAAGAUUCCACAAAAUAAGUCCACUAUCUUGGCCAAGAAUAAAAAGCUGGAGAAGGAGAGAGAAAAGGAAAAACAAGAAAGGCUGGAGAAGAGAAUGAAGCUCGAUAAAAAGCGGGAGUGGGAAAUGAUGUGCCGAGUGAAGCCAGAUGUUGUCAAAGACCGAGACAGAGAAAGAAAUCUUCAGAGAAUUGCCACGAGAGGUGUUGUACAAUUAUUUAAUGCUGUCAGGACUCACCAAAAGAACGUUGAUGAGAAGGUGAAGAAAGCUGGGAGCUCUGACAGGCAGCGUGCUAAACUGCUGUCAUCUGUUUCAAAGAAAGAUUUCAUCAGUGUUUUAAGAAACAUGGAUGGUGCUAAAGGAAGCAAGAAUCCUACCGGAAAGGCCACAAAAAGUAAACAGGGUGAAGUGAAGUCUGAAGAGGGGCCAGAAUGGAAUAUACUGCGUGAUGACUUCAUGAUGGGAGCAUCUAUGAAAGACUGGGACAAGGAAAGCGAUGGAGAGGGCAAUAUUGAAGAAGGAGGUGGUCUGAAACAAGAAGAUGACAGUGACUGAAUGUAACUGAAAACCAUUCAAGAUAAUGUUUUAUCUUCUUAACUUUAUUUGGAUAAAAAGUCAGCAUUCUGUGAAUGUACAACACUUGGAAGAUAUCUCUUUUUUUUAAAAAAAGACUUGCACAACUUUAGUGUGUUUUCUUCUCCAUGUCAAACUUUUAUUUAGUAUAGCUUCAAUAUUGCUAUACUGAAAUCCUGAAAUAUUUUCCAAAACAUGUAUAAUUUUCAAGAUAUUUCCAAAACAUUUUGUACAGUCAAAAUAGUGGCACCUGCCCAAUGAAAGAAAGAUUUUGCCAAGGUCAUUAAAAGUUUAUACAUUAGUCAUGGCAAUUGAUGUAUUAGUGUGCCUGCAUUUCCAAAUCAGUGUUGCAGUGUUGCACUUUGAAAAGCUGUUAACAAUUCGCAACAGAAAUGGCUUACAAUAAACACAGAAAUGCCAUCACCUUGUAAAGUUAUCGAACUCCUAUAGAGUCUUUACUACUUUGACCAGAAAAGGUUUUGUAGAUAAUAAAGAA